AUGUAUCGGCUCAACUGCUGUCCACUAGCAUAUGACCCCUUUGGCCAACAUAGCCCAAGUGGUUUGCGUGGUACUCACAGCAGAGUGUUUGCCUUCUCUAAAUCAGGGGCAGCCAACCUUUCAGCUGAGGUCAUUGAGAAGAUCUUGGACACAGUAAAGAAGGUGCAGAAGCUUGAUCCUGAAAAUCCAAGCCACUCUCUCAUAGCUUUGAAGCUUCUCCUUCUCCCAGAAAUUUUGCAGGACCUGACUUCCAACUGUUUUCAUGACAGCGCAGUGGCCUACGGCUCUGCUUUGCUGCACAGUGAGUGCAUCGUACUGUGUCGUUUUUUGCAGAGCCAGAAGCCGCUCCCCUCCCCUUCUAGUCAGUGCAGCGGAGAAGGACAAGUGUCACCGCACAGCAUUCCUGUGAGGCAGGAGUUUGUUUGUUUGGCGGUGGUUUCUGAAGAAUAAAAGCACACCAUUAAUCUGUAAGAUAUAGUUCCAUAACGGCUUGGAGAACGGCUUCAGACCACAAGGGAAAUAAUGACAGUGUAAAAUAAUGACCGAGAGUAAACUAUUCCAGCCGUUGGUCACGAAUGCUCUGGAAAAACUCAGGCCUCAGUCAUAACAGCUUGUUUUCAGCAACCUUUACUGCAUUAGAGCUUUGGAUUUCUUUGCACCACGUCAUCAAGGAAAUAUAAGAAAUAUUCUCAGGGUUUGCAAGCUCAACAGGUGAAGAUAUCCAUUUCUUUGAAGCUCCAUGCAUCAUCUGUUGAGUUUCUGCCUGCCACAUCCCUGAAAGACCCAAGAGUUUGAAAAGAGAAGGUGGCAGACAUAUAGAUAGAUGAUAGAUGAAAGAUAGAUAGAUGAUAGAUGAUAGAUAGAUAGAUGAUAGAUAGAUAGAUAGAUAGAUAGAUAGAUAGAUAGAUAGAUAGAUAUAGAUAGAUAGAUAGACAGACAUACAGUGGUGCCCCGCAAGACGAAUGCCUCGCAAGACGAAAAACUCGCUAGACGAAAGAGUUUUCCAUUUUUUGAGUCGUUCCGCAAGACGAAUUUCCCUAUGGGCUUGCUUCGCAAGACAAAAAAACCGCAAGACGAAGAGACUCGCAGAACGGAUUAAUUUCGUAUUGCGAGGCACCACUGUAUGUUGCAACCUGCCUUGGGCAUUUUUGGUCAAAAAGCAGAAAAAAUAUUUCAAAUAACUAAAGAGACAUGUUAAGUAAUUUAGAUUUGGUGCAAUUCCUUGUUUUGGAAUAUAUAGCUCUGUGUUAUGUGCAUAAAUGCUGGAGUAUUGAUCAAUAAUAAUAAUAAUAAAUCUACUACUUUAUAUUUACAGGAAAAUUAUUCCUAGGGUUUCCAUAUUUUUAUAGUCCUUUUUACAGGAGCUUGAUCAACAGAUACUACUUUAGUAGGUGAUAAUGGCCCACCUGCUGAUGCCUUCAUAUAUAUGCUGUUAAUGCAAAAGAGUAGACCAGACAUCUUCUUCUGAGAGUUGGCAAUUCUAGUCCUUCCUUUCCAUUCAGACUCCUUAGAUAUGCUCAUAACUUGGUGUUUAAACAACUCUUUGCUAAGAUUGCCUUAGAGAGGAGGGUUCCCCCUCCCCUUUUCUUUGACCAUAUCCCCUGGGUACUCUAUAAAUGCACACAUACUAUGUUACUUUCUGAUACUGAGUUGCAUUGUAUGUGUGUGUGUGUGUGUGUGUGUGUGUGUGUGUGUGCGCAUGCAUUGCAUAUGGUCUGGGGAGGGGGCGUUAAUUUCUGAGUCUGCUUAAUAGACCGGAUGCAACAUUUCAGUUUCCAUGGGGGUGGACUGAGCAAGAACAUGCUGAUAGAGGAAUAAGAUUAUCAGAAACGUUCAAAGGCCACUUCCUGGAUGUAUUGCAAAAAGUAGUGUAUUUUGAGAGUGCUUGAUGUGGUUUUUUCGUAGUAAUCGGAUAGAUAUGUGGUAUUGAAUAUAGGCGAGGCAGGCUGCCCCUCCGCAGCCUAAAUUGGAACAUUUCCAUAGUAAAAAUUCAAAAUGAUUUCAGAAUUGGCAUUCCAAGUUGGUCAUCCUUGAGCAAGCUCUCAUAUUAAGAGGCAGGUUUCUAUUAGCUUUUUUCUUGUUGCAAAGUACUGUCUUUGAGCAAUAUCCUGCAAAUGUGAUGGACAUUUGUACCAAUUAUGCAUGCAGAGAGCUUGGGAGGCUGUCAAUAGGAUGCCUUAUGCAUACAUUUGUUAUGGCUGCAUGUGCAGUCAUGGUUAAGAAGUGCUCCUGCGUGUGUGACAAUCAAUGCCAUGCCUCUUCCACAUGCCAGGAAAGAAGGAUUUUACAAACCAAAACAAGAUGCUGACAAUCUAGAGAGGCUUGUUAUUUUGCUGUCUCCAAUUAUAAAGAGUCUGUAACUUGAAACUAAUGGGGAGAGUGGCUCAUUGAGUACAACACAUAAUAGACCCUGCUUUAUUUUUCUACUGUGGUAGCUUGGUGUGAUUUAGCCUAGUUCCUUAUAAAGGGCUAACCAUGCAGUCAGUCAUAUGUAGGUCAGAACAUAUAGUGGGAAACAUGUAUCAGAUUUUUGUAUGAAGCUGCUACCUAAUUCACCAUCAUCUUAUCUUGCCACUUGCAAUCCACCUCCCAUUGAGGCCAGCGGCAAAUGCCUAUUGAUUUGAUCAAGAUUAAACCCCAGGGUUUUAGCUAUUGCAGCUCCAGAGAAAAUGUGUCCAAAAUGCCAUCCAUGUAUUUAUGAGUUCACAUCUGUCUGUAAGAAGCUGCAAGAAGCUCACAAUGAAAGUCCCCAUUAAAUGCCCUAUUCAUCUCAGCGAGGGGUUAAUUUCAAUGGUCCAGGAAGAUGAUUUAGGCCAUUUCAACACCGCAGGACAUCACACUUAUUGUAUUCUGUGUGGCUCAGACUUAAGGUGCCCACUGAACAUGUGUCACUCUGUGUCAUUUAUUCUUUGUGCGCUCCAACAUCUAGUAGAAGUUUGUGCAAAGAUUUUCACUGCAUACGAAACAGUUUAAAUCCAUAGUAAAGAAACAUCAGUGUAGCAUUGAUGUGUCAUAAACGAUUAGCUCAGACAAGGCAAAUAAGGUCAACAGUGUUAACCGCUGUUAACCUAAUGCCUUAGAAAUGGCCUGCAAUAUUAAGGAUAUGCUUUCAACAGCAAAUGUUUUAAUCCUUGGUGGCUGCUGUGACUGGUGGAGUGGGAGGUAAGGAGCCCAGAAGUAGGUGGAGCCAGCCAGAGUCAAUGGCAGGCAGAACUAGCUAAUUCUAGUUUUGCUCCUAUUCACCUUCCUUCUGAGUUUUACAAGGGGAAACACAGAGACUGAAGUAAAGGAAGCUGACAGGGAGUGCUCUGGGCUGGAUGUAAGCAAGAAGGCAGGCAGGCAGGUGAGGGCUGGCUGAGGGCAAGCUGAAGCUGGUGGGGCAGCAUCCCAAUUGCCCUACCUUCACUGGUUUAAAUAUUAGACCAUCAGUAUAUCCCUCUACUGGUGCAGAUACAUCUCAGUGUGGUACAGAGCAUAUCAUUUACUCAGAAUUUGAGCUCUGAUUUUUAGAGAACAAUUUGCUCGUCCUCAUAUUCACACCAAAAAGUUAGGAAGUGUGUAUGUAUUGCCUGCUGAAGGCUCAGAUGCCAGCUUAUGCAAUGCCAUCUGGGUACCUGUGCCUUGUAGUUCUUCCAUUCUCUUCCUCAUCACAUUAAACCAGAUACAGUGGUACCUUGGGUUAAGAACUUAAUUCAUUCCGGAGGUCCGUUCUUAACCUGAAACUGUUCUUAACCUGAAGCACCACUUUAGCUAAUGGGGCCUCCCGCUGCCGCCACACCGCCACCACACAAUUUCUGUUCUCAUCCUGAAGCAAAGUUCUUAACCCGAGGUACUAUUUUUGGGUUAGCGGAGUCUGUAACCUGAAGCAUCUGUCACCUGAAGCGUCUGUAACCUGAGGUACCACUGUAUACUGACAGACUAUGAUCAAUUUUGUUCUAAACACCAAACCAUGGUUUGCUUUAACUACAGUUUAGAAUUUGAACCACAGUUUGAGAAUCAUAUAAAAGGCAAACCAUGCUUUAAUUCAGAGCUUCUUGUGCGUUUUCAUUUUCCAUCCUCUCUGGACUCAGCUUCUUAAAUGCAUGUUGCUCAUUUCCUUCACAUGGUGAAGCAGCAUCUGAAGGCAGAAGGAUAUCUAUAGCUAUGGCAUGUCAAGUCAGAUGUCAUGCCAAACCACUGGCACCAGAAACCAUAGUUUGGAAACCCACUUCAAGCAGUGGUUUCUGGUUUGCUGGUUGACUGCAAAUGCUUUUUAUGUCAGUUCAGGCCCCAAACUAAACCAUAGUUAAACUUCCUUAACCAUGGUUUGGUCUGAUUUCUAAAUUGAAUUUUCAGGGUAGAGUUGCUCAAAUUAGGAUGUGGGAAACAUGAGGUUUAUGAACUGCCUCCUCUUUCAAAUGUCGACAGGAGAGUCUUCUGGGGCAUUAUGUUUAAAUUAUCACAUUUUCCUCUACAGAGCAGGUAGAAUAUUCUUCAUCGCCACUGCUGCUUCAUAACUAUGCCAUUUCUCCUGUUGCUGCUUAUGUGUUGCUCAUCAAGUUGUUUCCUUCCUUCCUUCCUCUCUUUCCCUUCAGGUGGCUAACCUGCUGCGACUAUUCCAGAUCCCCCAGAUCAGCUAUGCCUCCACCAGUGCCAAGCUCAGCGACAAGACUCGCUACGAUUACUUCGCUCGCACUGUCCCACCAGACUUCUACCAGGCGAAGGCUAUGUCCGAGAUCCUGCGUUUCUUCAACUGGACCUACGUCUCCACGGUGGCCUCAGAAGGUGACUAUGGAGAAACAGGCAUUGAAGCCUUUGAGCAACAAGCCCGGGCUCGCAACAUCUGCAUCGCCACCUCUGAGAAAGUGGGCCGUUCCAUGAACAAGAAGACCUUUGACGGGGUGAUCAAGGCCCUGCUGCAGAAGCCCAGCGCAAGGGUGGUUGUGCUAUUCACCCGGAGCGAAGAUGCCCGAGAGCUCUUGGCAGCCGCUCAGAGGAUCAACGUGUCCUUCACGUGGGUGGCCAGUGAUGGCUGGGGUGCUCUCGAGAGUGUGGUGGCUGGCAGUGAGCCAAUAGCUGAGGGAGCGAUCACCAUUGAAUUGGCUUCCUACCCGGUGCAGGAAUUCGCAGUGUACUUCCGGAACCUUGACCCCUACAACAACAGCCGAAACCCUUGGUUCCGGGAGUUCUGGGAACACAAGUUCCAGUGCAGCUUCCACAGCCAGAACUGUAGCCGCUUCUCCCUGAAGACAGGCAAGUUUGAGCAGGAAUCCAAGAUCAUGUUUGUAAUCAAUGCGGUUUACGCAAUGGCGCACGCCCUGCACAACAUGUAUCAAGCGCUGUGCCCCAACGCCACCAAGCUCUGCGACCCCAUGAAGCCUGUGAACGGCAAGAGGUUCUACAAGGAAUUCAUGCUGAAUGUGACGUUUGAUGGUAAGCCGAGGUUGUGCUUUGGGGUGUGGGAAAAUAAAGGCUUGGGGUGUGAUGGGAGAAGAAGGGUGCAGCUUCAGCCUAAGGUGGUCAGUGAGGCCUCAUGGCUAAUUCUCAUAUUAUAUGGGGGAAAUAUGUACUUUUCUGUAUGGGCACAUGCAGCACAAUGGGAGGGAGGAGAUGUGGGGUUGCUCCGUUUGGCCAGCCAAAAUGCUUGCCCUGGCAGAACGCUUGCUUUAGCUUGAUAUCAAAUUCCUUCUAAUAUUGCUGGCUCUGGGUCUGCAUGCAACUCUGAUCUGCUGUUGAGAAGGGAACAAAGCUUAGCCUGAAAGUUGCCGUUCUCCAUUUCUGCUCCAUCUCUUGACCAGCAAGCACUCACAGUGGUGAGAAGCCUUAUAGCACACGACCUGAUAAGGAGGAGGAGGAAAUGGGGAAAGUCCUCACAACAUUGCAUCUUCCCUAGACACGGUGUUAAUCAUCUACCUAGCCAUUUCUUGCCUGUUUUCUCUCUCUAAGGAGCAGCCCUGAAGAGCCCUAAUCUAGACUGAGAUUGCAAGGUUGGUGGAGGUAGGCUUUAACACUGUGGCUCCUUUGAGGCCCUUGUCUAGAUCAGGGGGUUUGUGGCUGCUGUUUAAUAAAGGAAAAACAAGCACAUGAAGCCAAUCAUGUGACUACAGUAGUACCUUGGUUUACAAAAAUCCGUUCUGGAAGUCCGUUCUUAAACCAAAGCAUUCUUAAACCAAGGCAUGCUUUCCCAUAGCAGUGGGGGACUCAAUUUACAAAUGGAACACACUCAACAGGAAGCGGAACAUGUUCUGCUUCCAAGGCAAAGUUCACAAACCAAAACACCUACUUCCGGGUUUGCAGCGUUCUUAAUCCAAGUUGCUCAUAAACUAAGCUGUUCUUAAACCAAGGUACCACUGUACUGUCACAUCUAGAUUGGUCCUUAGGGCUAUUUCACCCACAGGUUUGCUGAGCCUAUACAAACAAGUACAGUGAGGGCAACAGACACACGUCUGUAACAUCACAAUGCCUGGGAACAUGAAAUUAUGGGUUGAAAUAACAAAAAUGAAAAGAAAAACAGCAGAACAGAAAAUGUGAGCACAUUUAGCAUGCUCAAACACAUGAUUAUGGCGCUUGCAACUGAAACUGUAAGGUCAAAAGGGACAAAGCACCCUAUUAGGCUUUGGUUCAUUUCUAACAUGUUGUCCUGAAUAUCCAUUUUGAUUUUUGUAAUUAAAAAUAACCAAAAAUGGGUUUCUAUACAUUGCAUUCUAAUGAAAUAGGAUUUUCUGCACAAAUGUGUUUUUUCCCUCUUCUUAGUGAAACAUUUUUCUGUCAAUCCCAUUAGUCAGAAGUAGAUUUAUUUCAAAGUAUGAUAACACUUUGUAGUUAAUCCUCUGUAGACAUGCCCUGGAAAGGAGAGUGACAGGUACGUGUGGAGCGCGAUUCAAUUAUAUGUGGACAUUUGAUUUUCUAAUCAUUUAGCUUUUCCAUCAUUUAAAUGAGUCUUUGCUCUUUUGCUUUGCAGCUCCCUUUCGACCAUCAUUAGACACCAAAAGCACAGUUCGAUUUGACCACUGUGGGGAUGGGAUUGGCCGCUACAAUAUAUUCAACUACCACAGAGCCAACGGGAGGUAUCGCUAUCAGAAAGUGGGCUUUUGGGCAGAAGGACUCAUCCUGAACACAAGCCUCAUCCCCUGGGUGAAGACCUCCAUCCCUGUUUCCCAGUGCAGUGAUCCCUGCAAGAAGAAUGAAAUGAAGAGCAUGCAGCCAGGAGACAUGUGCUGUUGGAUAUGCAUUCCGUGCCAGCCUUACGAAUAUCUGCUGGAUGAGUUCACUUGCAGCGAUUGUGGGCUUGGCUACUGGCCCAACGCGAUGCUGAACGCAUGCUAUGAGCUACCCCAAGAGUACAUUCGCUGGAAGGACGUCUGGGCUAUUGGACCAGUCACCAUUUCCUGCCUCGGUUUCAUCUCCACCCUGUUUGUUUUUGGCGUCUUUGUGAAGAACAAUGACACUCCCAUCGUCAAGGCCUCCGGGCGCGAACUGUGCUACAUCCUGCUCACCGGGGUUCUGAUGUGCUACAGCAUGACGUUCAUCUUCAUCGCGAAGCCCUCUACGGCGGUCUGCACCUUGCGGCGGCUGGGGCUGGGUACCUCCUUCGCCGUCUGCUACUCGGCCCUCUUGACCAAGACCAACCGCAUCGCUCGGAUCUUCAGCGGGGUGAAGGAGGGCGUACAGCGCCCGAGGUUCAUCAGCCCCACCUCCCAAGUGGUCAUCUGCAUGGCUCUGAUUUCUUGCCAGCUCAUUAUCGUCGUCAUCUGGCUCCUGGUGGAGACUCCCGGCACUCGGAAGGAGACGGAGCCCGACAAAAGGUACAUUGUCACACUCAAGUGCAACAACCAAGACUCCAGUAUGCUCAUUUCACUCACCUACAAUGUGCUCUUGAUAGUCUUGUGUACAGUCUAUGCCUUCAAGACCAGGAAAUGCCCUGAGAAUUUCAACGAGGCCAAGUUCAUUGGGUUCACCAUGUAUACCACGUGCAUCAUCUGGCUGGCCUUCCUGCCCAUCUUCUAUGUCACCUCUAGCGAUUACAGGGUAAGUCAUCUCUUGCUGCGAAUGCGGGCGGAAAGUAGCCUGUGGCAGGCACCUUCAGAUCACCUAUCCUUAUUCUGUUGGAUGGGGAGAAAAUAAGGGGGAGCAGAUUCACGCCGGCUGCAUCCACACUGCAGUUUGUUCGAUUUUCAUGACAUUUUGCUAAGUGCUCAUUUCCACAUUGCAUUUGAGCUUUCACAUGACAUGAAAGCCACUUCCAGAACUAUAGUGGACUAUUUGGCUUCCUGUCAGCUUGCCUUUUCAGUCUCCACACUAUUAGCAGAAGCAUACCUGGGGGUUGGCGAAGCCGCCCUUCACCAGGGACACGGGCCCAGGGGGAGUGCAAAAAAAUCUGUGAGAUCGAAACGGAAAAAGCUUCCCAUCCUUCUUGCACCGUAGCACGAAAGUGUGCAGAUUUUUUCACCCUUGCCCCUUGCCUCGCUCUCACUCUGGACGCUUUGAGCACUUGGGUGGUGUAAAAUGUAGCCAUUUCUAAAGUAGUGGGUUUUUUCCUCUUCUAGGGGGGAGCUAAUACAGCUCAUUGCCAAGAGUGCAAGGGACCCUAGGGAUUCUCUAUUAGGCUAUUAUUAGCUGAAGUUACAGGGAUGCAGGUGGCGCUGUGGGUUAAACCACAGAGCCUAGGACUUGCUGAUCAGAAGGUCAGCGCUUCGAAUCCCCGCGACGGGGUGAGCUCCCGUUGCUCGGUUCCUGCUCCUGCCAACCUAGCAGUUUGAAAGCAUGUCAAAAGUGCAAGUAGAUAAAUAGGUACCACUCCGGCGGGAAGGUAAACGGCGUUUCCAUGCGCUGCUCUGGUUCGCCAGAAGCGGCUUAGUCAUGCUGUACGCCGGCUCCCUCGGCCAAUAAAGCGAGAUGAGAGCCGCAACCCCAGAGUCAGUCACGACUGGACCUAAUGGUCCUUUACCUUUAGCUGAAGUUACUACAUAUAUCCCACUUCCCAAAAUAUUGCUGGAAGCUUUGGCUUAUCCGCCUGUCUCUCCAUUCCUGGAACCAUACUUUAUGUCAACUUUAUGUCAAGUUAUUCUAAUCAAAAUCAUAUACCAGCCCAGUUGCUCUUUUCUUCUCUCCUUCUAUCCUGUCAGGUUUUUCUGAAGCAACCGGGCAAAAUGGUGUUGUCAAAUUGUUUCAGUCCAGCAUUUCUCUGUUGUUUUCAUGUGAAGGUGAGGGGUGGGGAUUAGGUUGGAUUUGUUGCAUUAAAAAAGUUAAAAUUAAGUGAAGUAUCAGCCUGUUUGGGAUGGGUAGGCAAAGCACUCUCGAAUUUUUUCAGCCUUUCUGUGCCUUGUUUAAAAAAACACAAAAAACAUGCAGGUAUAGCUUGUUUUGCUGCUAUCCCAGCUGAAGGAUUCAUAGUGAAUCAGUUUUAAAGCCUCCCUUGCAGGAACAGAAACUGGUACUGGGGCAUUUUAAAGAUUUAUUGAAGGGGUGAUUUACAGACUAUUUGUUACUAAUUCCACAAGUUGGAUCAAAGUCAGCACAAACAUUACAGCUUGGCAGAAAGAACACCCCUCCUCCUCUCCUCUCCCCCCUCCCCCACUGUGAGUCAAUUUCAGGAGAGGUACACGGGGAGGAGGGUGGGGAAGGAGUCCCACUGCACAAAAGGAAUCACUUGCACAAUGACUUGUUGGGUGAAUCUCAGCCCCAGAACCCUCUGAAGCAGAAUUUUGUGGGGCAACAGGGAGGAGGAGGAAUCUGUGAAAAUUGCUGCCCCUGCUUCAUCUGGUGGGAAAGUCCCUUGGACAGAUCUGGAGCCAAAACAGAAACAAAACCUUGAAGGAAGAUAUAUUGAUAGUGCGCAACAAGCGAGCAUUUCUUCAUUUCUUAAGUUGUAGGCUGAUGAGCUGGAAAGCAAUUUAGAGAGAAUCAGUUUACAUAAUAAUUCUUCAGUGAGGGAUAGCUGCCAUUUUCAGUGAUCUGGUUGUGUUGAAUUUCUGAGUAUUCCAUUUCAUAUCCUGAUCCCAGCUCACCAUAUCUCUGAAAAAAACUUGAUCAGAAAAUAUUGGAGGCAAUUGGAAUCUGGACACACGUUGGAGAAUUGCCAGAGAUUUGGCCAAUGCACUUAGAGGUGACUUGUGUUGAAAAGAACUGAAUGUUUGUAAGCAUGCUACUGUUGUAAUGAAGACACAGCAAUUCAGCUAUUAUGUGGGACUGUGGGGCCCAUUCCACCCCCACAAAUGUGCAGUUGCUUAAAGAAAACUCAACAGAUUGUGUCAAAAAUAGCAAGUUGCAUAAUUUUUCAAGAAUCGUAGAAGAAUGUGCAUUGCUAGCAAUGAACAUCAAUGAUUAUCUGCAACUGGGUAAUUAGGGACGAGGAAAUAAUUACUUUCUGGACCUUAAGGUAAUUUUUAAAAUGAGUACAAUAUUUCCAACUCUCCAUUCCCACUGCAUCAGUCUCCCUGGGCCUUAGUGCAGCCCUGCCUUUGGUGUGUUUCGCUAGAGAAACAGCAGCCCCCAGUGGCCAUCAAUGUGCUAUGCAGACCAUACAGAGGUUCGUUUUCAAUAUCUGUGAGUUCCAAAGCAGAAAACAGUUUUAAUUGUUAAUAGUGCAAUAAUCUUUAAUAAUUAUAAUAUGGUUCUGUGUUUUUUUUAAUCUUCUGGAUAUGAAAGCUAAGCAAUCUCUGUUGUGGCCUUGGGGGACAUCAUCCUUCAUAAAAUAGGGAUUGUGGUGUUUGAUCUACUUGUUGGGCAGGGAGUUAGGUUAACGCUUCCUUGCAGCUUCCCCCAGCUGGUUUUAUUUUAGGGCAAUUUCACUGGAAAAGAUGAGGUAUCUGAAAAAGAGGUGCAGGAAUUUGUUGUGAUAGUCACUCCUUUGGACUAUUGCCAAAGUCACGGGUCUUGCUAGUCUGCUUGACUGGUGGGUAUUGGGAACACUAGAUUAAUACACCCAACAUUCAAACAAACCUCCAUCAUGAAGCCCCUUCAAAGGUGUUGGCAGUUUAACCCAGGGAUGGGCAGGCAGGCUUCUGGGAUUGACUUUAUUCUUUUCCUGCAGCUUCAAGGUUCACCAGCUGAAGUUGCAUGCAAAAUAGAGAUGCAUGGUGGUGGAAUUAAGAUAAUUAAUUCUGAUCAUUAAGGAACAGGGUGCUCUGAGCACAUGGCUCAGACCAUGAAUUUGUUUCCACUUUCAGUAUCAGAACUGAGCUAACCCACAGAUCCACCACUAGCUUGAAAUGUACCUAUUGCCCACUUCUGGUUUAACCCAUCCUAUGGCAACAUCCCAAUUUAAGCUGGGUUCCAUCUUCUGUAGAGGUGGGUCACUGGUAUAGGGAUAGAUACUAAAAUCUGGCACUGGUAGCAGGCACCUGUUCCAUAAGGUCUUUGGUUAAAUGCACUUGGCAUUUCUGAGAAGCUUGCAGAGUCUUCAGGGAGCUUGUUAAUAUGAUGCUGUGAGAAACUUUGGAACGAUGCCUGUAAGAAACUUGGCCCAAAAGGCACCUUAUUAGAGCUUUCUGAUUUCUGUAAAGAGUACCUGUGUGCUAUUAAUGGGUGCUGAAUAGCACAGCUCCAUUAAAGCCACCCGGAAGCAGGGACCUUGCCUGCAUGAAAUGUGGGAACUUGAGUUUGUAAUUUGAUUAGGCUAAUGGAAAAAUCCUGCUAUGCAGCUACCUUCUGAAGUGCUGAGUGACAGGGUCCUCUGUGCCCUCGACUCCCAGAAUUAUUUUAGAAACUAGUACAAAACUAUAAAAGCUUUUAUAAAACAUCGCUGCUGUCCUCCAUCUCCCUGCACAUCUCUCCCCAACUGCUUAUUAGAACCCAGCAUAGCACCCAAGCAUGCUCAGGGCUGGUGCAAGACAUUUUGCUGCCUGAGGCAGAGCAGCGAAUGCCCCCUCCCCAUCAAAGUCAAUGUGAAGAAAGCCCAAGGCUGGGAAGUUCCUGUGGUACCCAAGGCAGAACAUCCCUGGAGGCAAAAGUCCCUCCUCCCAAUCCAUGGCAGUAAGAAUGCAACAAUAAAUUAAAUAACCAUCUUCUGUGCUUUCAUGACACCUCAAAUCUGCCUGAGGUUGCAUCUCACGCAGCCUAAUGGUAGGGCUGGCCCAGUAAAAGCUUGGAUGUAUACUCUAAGACUGCCAUUAGCUGUCCCACUUUGGACCCCUCUCUGUUGUGCUGCACGUUUGACCAUCUCUAAAUAAUGUAGGACCCCUGUUUCAUCAACACUUUGCACAAUAUGUAUGUUGUUCCAAUAUCCAUCCCAAACUCUGAAACUAGACGAACUCAAGGAGAAGUUUCUAAACACAAAGGUGUUUAAUAAGACAAGGCAGCAAUUUUUUAAAAAAAAACAUUUACAGUAUGUUCAUCCCAUCUUUUCUGCAAGGAACUCAACGCGGCAUGCAUGGUUCUCAGCCUCCCCAUUUUAUCCUCACAACAGCCCUGUGAGGUAGACUCAUCUGGGAGAACGACAUGGGUCAUUCAGUGCAUAUAAUUGCAAGUCAAAAGGCAAAUUGGGGUGGAGGGGUAAGAGACUUCUGUAUUCCACUUUUAAUUUGUAUACCGCCUUUCUAUAUUUCUAUGCACAAGGCAGUUUACAUCAGCAGCAGCAACAACAACAACAACAUACACCUUAUAAUAAUCUGAUCCAAAACAUCAUAAUAAAACAUAACUUUAAAAUAAUCAUCUUAUAUCAAAUAAACUAAUAUUCAAUAAUCUAUUAUAAUAUAAUAGUACACAAUGCAAUUAACUCUCAAGACACCAGCAAAUAAUAAUUAAACAGAAAUUCACUCUUAACAAUUACAAUAAAUAAUGACUAAGCUAUGAUCAAUAAAAAUAGCUUCAAGUCACAAUUAGAUGAGGGGAUCCAGUCAUGUAAUAGUGAGACCAAGGAUGUAUCCCAUAUUAAUCAACAAAUAAAUUCACAGGAGAAAUUAGGUGUGCAACAACUGUUUGCAAGGUUUGAGCCGGAACUUGAAUGUUGUACAUUUGCAGCCCAGGAAGCUUGUUGUAAAGUUUUAACCCUACUAGUCCAGCAAACUGCUAAGACCUAGUAGUGGCAAGAGACUGACUGUCUUGAUAUUGCAUUGCUGGGUCUCCACUUCCUGAGCUUGAGGUGGUGACAGAGGAAAACAGCAUUUCUCUCAUCUUCCCAGGUGGGGUCAGACUAAAGGACUUCCCACAGGCAGGAAAUUAGAAUGAAAAUUUCACUAAGCCUGCCAAAUACCUGGUCUCAGAAGGCUCCAAAGCAAGAGGAAAUGUUUCAUCAGAGUUUUGCUAGAGGGUCAAAUCAAUGACAUGUCAAACCCACUUUCAUAGAAACUUGUAAGAGUGGUUUCAUAGCAACUGUACAAUUAAAACUACCCCUGGACUUGUGGAGGGAUUAAGGGCUGCUUCUUACUUUACAUCUUGUAUUAAGUUACCAGAUAGUCAAAUGCAAAGAAGUAUUUGCUUUGCACAAGCUGGGAAUGGCAAAUAUGCAUUUAAAUUAGUACGGUGUUGUUUUCCUAAAACAGAAUUAACUAUUUUUUAGAAAAGUAGUAAUAUUUAUUAACUUGUAAAGCUAACAUGUGCUGUGCUCUGGGGAGCUAUCACUAAAAAGUAUGCUUCUACUCCUUUGCCAGAUAACUGAGUCAAUCUCAGCUAAGACAUUUAUUAUUAUUAUUAUUAUUAUUAUUAUUACUGCCCCGCCCAUCUAUCUGGGUUGCCCCAGUCACUCUAUCAAUUAUGUAUACUCAGCAAAUCUUAAAGAAACAACGUACUUACCCCGUAGCUACUUUCCUGGGGGAAAUAGGGGGUACACAGAAUAUGGGGUGUGACGCUUUCUCCGUUGGCACAUCCAUUUGUUUUGUUAGGGAGAUUGUUCCUUUGUCUUCACUGUUCUCAUUGUGGGAAAUUGCAGUCAAACGUAACUAUGCAUGAGUGCUAGUUAGUGCAUGAAGGGGUUAAGAUCACAGAGUUAGAUUCAUAGAUUCAGCUAGGAUAUGUCCCCUUUCCUCCAACUAGGGAGGAAGUGAAGUCUUCUCUUUCUGUUUCCUCUCUCUUAUUGUCAUGUAAUCUACAAGAAAGGGUGUUUUAAGCUUUGCUCCAAGCUUAGAGCACGUGUUUGAAACAAUCUGUCCGUAUUUUUCUACCCAAGAGUAGAGUUCUCCUAGCUGCUGCUCAAAUAAAUGCAUAAAUCUGACCCGUUGGCAAAGGAGCCCUGUAGACAGUGAAAAUCCCCCUUCUUCCCCAACUCUUGUGGCAGAAUUCUGUGAGCAGAACUCGACUCAGCAGCUCUCUGGUAUUUCACAUGGGACAAUCCUAGCCCUACCUGGAGCCAUCAGGGAUUGAACCUGAGUCCUUCAGCAUGUAAACCAGAUGCUGUGGCCCCUCUUCCAGCUGCAUCAGCUACUAUAGAUGAGAAUGUUGAGUUACAUAGAACAAUUCCUCAGGUGCAUAUGUUAAAGAUAAGAUACUGAUUAUCUAUAUCUAUAGAUGCUUGAUGCGAACUCAGCCAUUGAGUAGUCCUCAGUGGAGCUGGAGGUCAAGGCAGGGACUCUGUUGAUUUAAUUACUGACUCUGCUGUGCAAAUCAUCCAAGGCUAGAAGCCCUAGGGAGUUUUCAAUAAGUGUUUAUAUAUAUAUAUAUAUAUAUAUAUAUAUAUAUAUAUAUAUAUAUUCAGGCCCAUGACAUGACAUCAGCAACCUAUUGCUAUGUUAGUAUGAUAACUGCAUUUAUGCUUAUGAAAACUCUACAAUAGUCACCCCCAAUGCCCUCCACAAGCUUAAGUUGUGAAAAGCCACCAUCUAAGGAACCACAAAAAUUAUAGGACAAUUGCUAUUGCUGGAAGCAUCAGGGAAUAAUAGUAGAUGUCAUCCUGUGAUUGGAAAAUCACAUGCUCCUGUGACUUUAGAGAGUGUGUUGAUGUGUCUCAGGAGAGGAACCAACUGGUAGUUGACAUUAUUAGCUUUUUGUCAGAGACUUGCUUUCUCUUUCUACACACUCAUCUUGGUAAUUCCUUAAUCUGUUGAAGGAUUCGUUUUCUUUAAGAAAUAUAUAUGUAUAUGUUCAUGAAAUCAGCUGAAUCUCUUGACAGUUCCUGAGUCUUUGUGAUAAUAACUUUCAAUUCAUAUUUCUCAUUUGUUAUAUUAACUCCAUUUAUAUGCCAUGGGAGUUGUCUUCCAUCAGUAUGAGGAAUGUACUGAGUGCAAAAACUGCAGAAGUAUAUUAAUUUUAUCGGAAGAUAGCAUGCUUGUUUCUUAGCAAUCCAAAGGCAGGGAAUUUCAACUUCUUCCGCACCUUAUGGAAGCCAAUGAGUUAGUGUAUGUAGAACUAGAUUGCAACAAGGGAGCUAUAGUAAUACAUUUUAGAGUUGAUUUAAAAAAUAAAAUAAAAUAAAUAUCCAUGUAACCCAAAUAACAAAAUAGAACUUCAUGACACAAACAUAAAAACUAAAUUGAGCCAGACCAAGGGUGGCAUGUGACUCCUACAUUCACAGGAAGAAAUGAUAAAGCUGGUUGUCCACAUAUUUGUGAUAAGAUACAGACAGAUAAGUGGUGAGAACAACAAUAAGAAAUGAGAGAGCAAGACUUAAAAUAUAUGCAGGGACAUAAACCUACAGCUGAAACCAUCAGAUAUAUACUAAUACAUGACUUCCACUUAAUUCAAUGAGGUUUAAUUCUGAUCUAUCGGAUUGCAUUCCUGAAGGAUAUGUUUCAGGAUUUCAUGGGCUGCACUCCUAUUCCUUCAGGCUACACUGACAACUAACUAACUUGUUUACUGUGACAUAACCUUAUAUGGGAGACUCGGGUGGCGCUGUGGUCUAAACCACAGAACCUAGGGCUUGCCGAUCGGAAGGUUGGCAGUUCGAAUCCCUGCGACAGGGUGAGCUCCCGUUGUUCGGUCCCAGCUCCUGCCAACCUAGCAAUUCAAAAGCACGUCAAGUGCAAGUAGAUGAAUAGGUACCACUCUGGUGGGAAGGUAAACGGCGAUUUCGUGAACUGCUCUGGUUCGCCAGUAGCGGCUUAGUCAUGCUGGCCACAUGACCCAGAAAAACUGUCUGUGGACAAAUGCCGGCUCCCUUGGACUAUAGAGUGAGAUGAGCGCGCAACCCGAGAGUCGUCCGCGACAGGACCUAAUGGUCAGGGGUACCUAUACCUUUAACUUUAUAUGGACAAGCGUAGUUUUAUAACUGUACACUCCUACACAUUUUUACUCAGAAGUUAGCCCGACUGAAUUUCAUGGGGUUUGCUCCAUCACCUGGUAAGCACCUAUAAGACAGCAGCUUAAAUCAGUUAGUCUUGAAGGUGCUGCACAGGACUGCUGACAAGGGACCCAAUACAUGUCCAGUCCUAGGCAGAAACAACUUUUUUCAUUUGUUUUCAUUUGUUUUAUUUUCAAGAAUGUGAUUGGGUUGCCCUUUUAAUUUCCCCCAUGUCCUUUUUUAAAGUUAAGCAUCCAGCACUGUGAAUAUGUUGGAUUCGUAAUGUAUGACUUUUGCCCACAUGCCAAAGAAGCCAAACGUUGAAAGAAACCUUCAGAAAUGCACAUACCCUUAGGAAAACAAGAGAAUGGAGGUUGUAGGAGAGAAUGAAGAACUCCUCAGAGUGUAUUGCAUAGGCUUAUACAAUUUGUGAAUAUUUAUUGAGUGAAGAUCAUGCUUCUUCUAGUCUAGAAUCAAAUGGUACUUGCCUAUUUCUCUGCCAGUUGGAAGUGUGUACUUGGGUAGUUCCUAUAUGCGGGGGUACAUAAGUAGGGACACAUGUAAACACCACACUUACUUUUCUGACCGUACAGAUUGAUGCCCUGUUUUUCUUUCUUCCUUUUCCUCUACACAGGUCCAGACCACCACCAUGUGCAUCUCUGUUAGCCUCAGUGGCACAGUGGUCCUUGGUUGCCUCUUUACUCCCAAGUUACAUAUCAUCCUCUUCCAGCCCCAGAAGAAUGUCGCCAGCCAUCGUGUUUCCACCAACCGUUUUAGUGUGACUGCUGCAAGCUCCAGCCACUCGCAUGGUGAGUAACAUAGGAUUCCCCUAGGUACUGUUCUCUGCAUUCUGAAUGGCUCAUCAGGGCCUAAUAGCGAUUGAUGGAUUCAUGAAUUUGUUUAAUCCUUAUGUACAACAUCUAAGCUACUUCCCAUAGCCACACAGUGGUGAUAAAUUUUAUAAGCUAUUUUUUAUUUAUUAAAUUUAUAUACUGCCUUUCAUCCAGAUAUCACAGGGUAGUUUACAACAUAAAAACAUAAAAUACAUAGCAUAAGAAUAAAAAUGAAUAACACCCCCAGUUGUGUUUUGUGAUGAAAUACUCCACCUUGUCUGUUCCAAGUCUACUAUGUUCUGCAGCUGAUCCACUGCUUCUAUGCAAAUACACCAUUUUCCAUGAGAGUCUAACACAGUAAUUCAUCCAUGAAGGUGGGUGCUUCGAGAUGGGUCUUUAUUGUAGGAUUGGAGCUCCUCCUAUGCAUGCAAGUUUGUUGAAUUGCCCACAUGCCCACCCCCACACCAUUUAAUCUGGAUCUACCCUUUCCAGUGAAAAUCUGACAAGCAAAUGAACAAACCUAUUGCCAACUAUCCAUUUGCAAAUUAAGCUCCUCCCACCCUAAUCUGGAAACACCUGGUGACAAACAAAAUAAUCUGAGGGAGUGAAACGUACAAAUCUAAGGGUACUGAUUUUGACACAGGUAUAAAAUUGUGUGUGUUAAUGGUCAAGCACAUGGCUACAAAGACAGCUUGGUUUUGCUAAUCAGUAUUGUGCAUGUUAUACCUUGCAGUAAGCAAACAGUAUAGAUAAGCCAAGAACACAUUUCUAUUAAUGACACAGACCAUUUAUUCCCUGUUCCCCUGUAAAGGUACACUUGGGUAGAAAUGUCACGGGGCUUGCAGUUCAGCCAUUACAACUCGGUUUCAAAAGCAGCAAACCGGGUUGGCUUUGGCUUGUUUUCCUGGUUUCCUGGUUCAGAUGUGAUGAGGAACUCCAGCUUAAAACAAGCCAAAACCUCCACACCAAGGUUGGCAUGUGAGAGGAAGGGAAGACGACUUGAUCCUGGCACCCAUUGUUGGGUUCCUAAGGCAAUGGUUUCCAGAAGCCUAGAAUGAUAAUCCAAAACAGGCCAUAGAGUGUGGCGAAUCCCCUCCUCUGGGAAGAAUAAAACACUCCUAAUAAUAAUUUUUCUUAGCUGUGUCCAAGUCCUAACAAAAGGGUGUGUUAUUGCUAGAUCUGCUACUUCUCAGUGGCAGUAUGUUAGAAGAAAAUGUGGUGACAAACAGCAUCUUGCAUUCCCUUGCUACUUGUGUCCAUUUGGACAGAGACAACAUGUGAUCAGGAUUUUCAUAUAAGAAGCGCUUUGCUGUAUCAGAUCUGAGGGAAACUCCCAUUAUCCCUGACCAUUGGAUGGCUUCCUUUCUCCAGCAGUGCCCAAUCAGUGCCCUGAGAAGCCCACAGGCAGUGUGCAUACUCUGGCUUACAUCACGGUGUUCUGUUGCACCAGAAGCUGUUUAGUCAUGCUGGUCACAUGACCCAAAAAGCUGCCUGCGGACAAACGCAGCUCCCUCAUCCUGAAAAGUGAGAUGAGUGCUGCACCCCUUACUUGCCUUUGACUGGGCUUAACCAUCCAGGGGUCCUUUACCUAUCUUGUAAGGAUGAAGACAGAGCUGUGCAUAUUGCAUGGUAUAUAAAUAAAAGCUCUAAACAAAUCAACUCAGUGUUUAUAUCAAUGAAAUGUAUUGAUGCAGAAUGAUUGUGUUAGAGCUGAUGUGCUAGAAUUUGACAUGGCUGAAAAUAGAAGAUUGGCAGCUCAGCUAUGAUGCAUGGGAACUCAGCACCACCAGGUGAGAUGGAGUGGUGGUUUGCAGAUGGUAGUGUUUGGGUAAGUGCAGGAUUGUUAAAAACUGCUAUUCAUUGAAACCUCCUUCUGUUCUCUGCCCCACAGGGUCAUCUUCUCAAUUUGUGCCAACAGUGUGUAAUGGCCGUGAAGUGGUGGACUCCACAACAUCAUCCUUGUGA